AUGUCAGAGGGCGAAAUGGACCACAUGCCGCCGCCGCUGCAGUUACCCAAGGAGGGGACGGCCUCACGCGCCAUGACAGGCGACACUCUAGGCCGCGACGAUAUACUCUCACCAACUCUCCCAAAUUCGACAUUUCCCCCUUCAUCAUUUCCGCGCCGCGGCCCGCAGCAUCUUGACGACUACUUCACCGGGCCUCGCGAUCUCGCACGACACUCGAAAUGGCCCGUCUUCCUCCAGAUGCACGGCAGCAUCCUGCCCAAGAUGAUCCUGCCGCUCUUCUUCGUCGGAGCGUGGGCCACGGCUGUUACUGUCAUUUCCGAAACUACCCACAAGCUCGGCGUCAACUCCGUCCUGCUCACGAUUACCGGUUUCGUCGUCGGCCUGGGCCUGUCGUUUCGAAGCUCGACGGCCUACGAGCGGUACCAGGAGGGCCGCAAGUACUGGACGGCCCUCAUCACCUCGUCGCAGGUCCUGGGCCGCAUCUUCUGGAUCCACGCCAAGGACCGCGCCGGGCAGGACUCGCGCGCCGCCAUACUCGACAAGCUCAGCGCCAUGAACCUCCUCGUCGCCUUUGCCGUCUCCCUCAAGCACACGCUGCGCUUCGAGCCAUACACCGACUACGACGACCUGCAGCACCUCAUCGGACACCUCGACACCUUUGCCAAGGCCGCCACCGCGGACGUCGGCGGCAGCAUCGGCACCAGCAGGACCAAGGGUCUCUUCAAGUCGGUCGGCGAGUAUCUCGGUGUUUCGUUUGCCGCCAGCAACCCGCGCAAGUCGCUCAAGCGUGCGACGAGACCGCUCGGCAACCUGCCGCUGGAGAUUAUAAGCCACCUUGCCCUGGCCGUUGACGAGCUCGUUGCCAACCAGCAGCUUGUGGUGCCUAUGCAGCAGACGCUGGCGUACAACAACCUCAAUGCCCUCGGUGACGUCCUGGCUGGCUGCGAGCGCAUCCUCAACACGCCGCUUCCCAUUGCGUACAGCAUCGCCAUAAGCCAAAUCACCUGGGUCUACGUCAUGCUGCUGCCCUUUCAGCUCGUGGGCCUGCUGCACUACGUCGCCAUCCCCGCGACCAUGGCCGCGGCGUACAUCAUCCUGGGUCUGCUGCUGAUUGGCCGCGAGAUUGAGAAUCCCUUUGGCCAGGACGUGAAUGACCUGCCGCUUGAGAGCUUCUGCGAACAAAUCUCAAGCGAGCUGGACAUUAUUGCAUCGUUUGAGAAGAAACCGGUCGUGUCUGUCUUUUACAGCGACCGCAACUUGCCCUUGUAUCCGGUCAGCACAGCACCGGCAAGUGUGUGGAUGCAGCGUAGCGAGCAGAAGCUGCGCCAUACCAUCAGGUCGAAGCCAAACGUGAUUUUCGAUUGGAAAAACGCACGCACAGAGCGCAAGAUCACUGGAGAGAAGAAUGUCUAA